UAGUGCCGCCGCGGCGGGCGCUCCCGGCAGCCGCUCCCGCCAUGCCGCCCAAGCCCCCGCGCAGGGCGGGCUCCUCCAGGACGCAGCGGCCCAGCCCCGACGGCGGCUCCGCGCCGCCCGCCGCCCCCCGGCUCGAGGUCGGCGAAGCGGACUUCGUCGUGCUCUGUGAUGCACUGAAGGUGUCGGAGAGCGUGAGGGAGAAAGCGUGGAAGACUUACGAGAGCCUGUCGGCAGCGGAUGGAGCUCUGGCUUGUAACAAAAAGAAAAAGGAAACAUGGGGAGUAUGUAUCUUUAUUGUAGCAAUUGAUCUGGAUGAAGUGACAUUUACUUUCACUGAGCUUUUGAAAAGUAUAAACAUAAGUGUAUGCACAUUUUUUCAGUUUCUGAAAGAGGUGGAUGUUAACAUGGAUACUGUAAGCACUAAAGUUGAUAGCACUGUAUCAAGGCUGAAAAAGAAAUACGAUGUAUUGUUUGCACUAUACCACAAGUUUGAAAGGACUUGUGGCCUUAUUUAUCUGGAACAACCUAGUAGUGAGAUUUCUGCUGAACUCAGUUCUGUAUUAGUCCUAAAAAAUUACUGGGUUACUUUUUUGCUGGCAAAAGGUAAAGUGUUGCAAGUGGAAGAUGACCUGGUGAUUUCUUUCCAGUUGUUGCUGUGUGUCUUAGAUUAUUUUAUCAAACUGUCACCUCCUGCUAUGCUCAAGGAGCCCUACAAGUCUUCUGUGUCUGCAGUGACUGUAAAUGGUUCAGCUCGCACUCCAAGAAGAGGUCAGAACAGGAGCUCACGUACUGCAAAGCAGCUUGAUACUGACACAAAAAUUAUCGAAAUCCUUUGUAAAGAGCAUGAUUGUAAUUUAGAUGAGGUCAAAAAUGUGUAUUUCACAAGCUUCAUUCCUUUCUUGAGUUCUGCUGGUGUUGUAGCUUCAAAUGGACUACCAGAAGUUGAAGUUAUCUUGAAGCAGUAUGACGAGCUCUAUCUCAAAAACAAAGAUAUAGAUGCAAGACUAUUUCUGAAUCAUGAUGAGACUCUGCAGCCUGAUGUCACAGCAUGUGCACAGUUGGAGAGGACACCACUAAAAAACAAUCCUGAUGAGGAAAUCAAUAUUCCACAGACUCCUGUUCGAGCGGCAAUGAAUAACAUUCAGCAGUUGACCAUGAUUUUAAACUCGGCAACUGAUAAACCAUCAGAUACUCUCAUCAUGUACUUCAAUAAUUGCACAGUGAACCCUAAGGAUAGUAUCCUGAAAAGAGUGGAAAGUUUUGACCACAUCUUCAAAAAGAAAUUUGCUGAAGCAGUUGGACAGGGAUGGGCUGAAAUUGGCUCACAGAGGUACAAGCUUGGAGUGCGUCUCUAUUACAGAGUAAUGGAGUCCAUGCUCAAGUCGGAGGAAGAGCGCCUCUCAGUACAGAAUUUCAGCAAACUUCUGAAUGAUAACAUCUUCCACACAUCUCUUCUGGCAUGUGCUGUUGAGGUUGUCAUGGCUACAUAUGGCAGAAAUGUUUCACAAAGUGACAGUACUGGUGCUGAAACAGACUUGUCUUUCCCAUGGAUUCUCAAUGUAUUUGAUUUAAAAGCUUUUGACUUCUACAAGGUGAUCGAAAGCUUUAUUAGAGCAGAACCCAGCCUAACACGGGAAAUGAUAAAGCAUCUAGAACACUGUGAACAUCGAAUUAUGGAGUCUCUUGCUUGGCAAUCUGGGUCGCCUCUGUUUGAUCUUAUCAAGCAGUCAAAAGAGCGAGAAGGCCAAACUGAUCAGCCUGAACCCACUUCUACUCUCAAUAUGCCUCUCCAGCAUAACCACACUGCUGCAGACCUCUACCUUUCUCCUGUGAAAUCUCCUAAGAAGAAGGCAUCUGGACCUCCAAGUGCUACUUCCACUCCAGAUGUUCAACCUGCUGUGAUCCCCCAAACGCAGAAACCACAGAAAUCUACCUCCCUCUCUUUGUUCUACAAAAAAGUGUAUCUACUGGCCUAUCGUCGACUCCAUACCCUGUUCCUUCACCUUCUCUCUGAGCAUCCUGAUCUGGAACCCUUGAUCUGGACCCUCUUCCAGCACACGCUGCAAAAUGAGUAUGAGCUAAUGAGAGAUAGGCACCUGGACCAGAUCAUGAUGUGUUCCAUGUAUGGCAUAUGCAAAGUAAAGAAUGUAGAUCUCCGAUUUAAAAUAAUAGUUUCAGCAUACAAGGAGCUUUGCAACACAAAUCAAGAGACUUUCAAACGUGUUCUUAUCAGGGAAGAACAAUAUGACUCCAUCAUAGUCUUUUACAACUUAGUGUUCAUGCAGAAGCUGAAAACAAACAUUUUGCAGUAUGCUUCCAGCAGGCCUCCCACUCUGUCACCUAUCCCACACACUCCUCGCAGUCCUUACCAUGCCAGCUCUCCUCGGCGUGUCCCUGCUGGUAAUAACAUCUACAUCUCCCCUCUGAAGAGCCCAUACAAAUUCUCUGAUGGGUUUCAGUCACCCACAAAGAUGACUCCAAGGUCUAGAAUUUUGGUGUCAAUUGGAGAAUCAUUUGGGACUUCUGAAAAGUUUCAAAAAAUAAACCAGAUGCUGUGCAACAGUGAGUGCCAGCUGAAGCGCAGUGCAGAAGUAGGUGCUGCUGCCCCGAAGCCACUGAAGAGGCUGCGCUUUGAGGGGCAAGACGAGGCAGAUGGAAGCAAACACCUACCCCAGGAAUCCAAGUUCCAACAAAAGCUUGCAGAAAUGACAUCUACUCGAACAAGAAUGCAAAAGCAGAAGCUGAAUGAUGGAAAUGAUACCUCAGUCAGUGAAGAAAAGUGAGAGUCUUCUCAGGACCAGGGGCUGCACUGCUCCCCCUCUUGUUUUUGUUUUACAGCCUUCAUUAAUAGAGUUGCUUCGUUAGUUGCUUUUUUCCCCAAACUGCUAGUUGAAAGCAUUUGUACUUCUUGUUAAAUGUUUUCCAUGAUACUUUGCCUUAUGAUGUAGCAUAUAUACAAUUUAAGCCACUGAAUUUAAUUUAUAUAUUUUUUGAGGAUUUUUAAAAAGUCUUGGAAAGUGUCUGAAUUUUUUGUUGCAGAAUUACUGAUUUAAGCCAAUUCAGUCUUGUUGGAUUGAAUUUAUGUCUAAAGAUAAAAUGUUAGCUAGAAUGAUUUGAAAUGCACUAACUUUGUUUCUUAGAUUUGAUUUUUAGAUUUUCAUUACUUGCAGAUUUUGAAAAUGGUGGACCCAUUAGUGCAAAGAUUUCUGUCUCUGUUCAUAAUUAGCACAUCAAAUUCCCAUUAAACUGGACAGCAGCUGGGGGCCUUGCCUCAGGAGUACAACUGAAUUCAAAGUGAACUAAUUUUGUAGCCUUACUACUGAAACCAACACUUUUGUAGCAUUUUGUAGUUUUGCUUCCCCAGCUCUCACCAAGUGUCAUUUCAGAUGGCAGUUGCACUGGCCCUCAGUUUGAAUUUCAUGGAGUAUGAAUCCCAUAGAGAUUCAUCCUAGAAUCUCACACUGCAUCUUUCCAGAAGCUGAAGCUUCUUCCAUAUGCAGAGUCAUUGAUGUGCUCUUUCUUAUCUAGGGAAAUCUCAAGUAUUAAAAGGGAAAAAAGAUGAAACAAAACAACAAACCUAAACCAUACCUGGUGCACCUGAGAUUUCAAAAUUCUAAUGAUGUAGAAUUUUCUUGAUUUCUUCAAAUUCUCACCUAAUUGUAGCCAAGCCAAACAACUUGAGAAGCAGCUGGAAGCUGAGUUUCUGCAGUUGGGCUCCAGGUAAGAGCAGCCUGGUCUCUAAAAGCACAGGGCAUCUCCCAUUUGCCUUACUGCAGCAUCUGCAAAAGCCUGAAUGUGGUGAACCCAUAUUGGGAAAAUCCAUCUGCCCUUACUUUACUGAAAAAGGCAGUCAAUUGGGCAACUUGUGAAUAUUUGCAACUAGCUAAAAACCCAAACAAAACCAUCCAAUACUUUUUUCCUCUUCUGUUUUUGUAAGUUAUUGAUUCAGAUACUGGAACUUUUCUUGGAAGGACAGAGUUUUGUUAAAACAGCCAAUUAAAAAAAGUACUUGUUUUAUUUCCAGUGGAUUAAAAUAUAAGCAAAUAAAUUGUCUUGCCUUAAAAUUACCCAUUUUAAUGAAAUUUAGCUUUUGCAGCUACUUAAAUUAAGAACAGGUACAGUAAAAAAUGACACAAAUGUUUUAAACCAGUGUCUUCCAGGUAGCUUAUUUACAGAUUGUUUAGCUGAUCCUAGAGUACUUACAGUAGGGAGCUUCUUAAAGAUCUGUUCUUGUGUUGAUUCAAAGCUAACCCUAGAACUACAAAAAAUUCUACAAGCAGCAAAACUGUAAAUUAAAUUUAAAAUAAUAUUGAGGGUUUUUUUAGACUCAGUAUGGCUUCAACUUUCUUACUGUAAAAGGUAUAGAACUUUCCAGAGUACCUUACGUUUAUUUUCUCACUUUUUGCAGUUUUAGAGACAGGAUAUAUGUUAACAUUGGGGUGCACUGACUGUAAGCUCUGUUAGAGCAGUCCUUUGGCUACAGGGAUGAUAGAGAGUCCAGUAUCUAAACAGAUUCAUUCUUUCUUUACUGUGACAAUGUAUUUUUUUUUUUAAUUCAGACUGAAGGCUUUGCAUCAAAUGUACAAUAUUAUUUUAUACAACUAAUCAAUUUCUCGCCUUUCAAGAUAAAUAAAAUAGCUUUUAAAGGA